AGAAGAGGAAUGUGUCCUGGGUCUAGAAGAGUUGCUAUUUUGAUAAACUGGCUCAACCAGACAACAGCCCACUAAGUGUCAGUGCUGCAUAAAACUAAAUCAACGGGAGGAGAAACCGAAGUGGGCCAUCUGUGCUCUCACCCUUCAUUUAAGAAUAGCAGUGAAUGAGACCUCAGGACAUAUGAAGAUCACUCUCCUGCUUCUCGGGAUGGGGGCAUUUUCCUUUCUGUCUACAUGGCCUCUGAUUGGCCAUUGCCAAUACCUCAAUCCUCCUGAAGUGGUGAUACCCUUAAGGAUACCUGGCACUUCUACAGAAAAGAAGAUUACAGGCUGGGUCUCCUACAGCCUUCACCUUGAGGGCCAGCGACACAUUGUCCACAUGAAGGCCAAAAAGUUUUUGGUGCACAGACACCUCCCUGUGGUCACCUACACAGACCAGGGCACUGUCCAUGAGGACCAACCUUUUAUCCCAAGGGAUUGCUACUAUCAUGGCUAUGCUGAAGGGGACCCUAAGUCUCUAGUUUCUCUUUGUACCUGUUUUGCUGGUCUGCAAGGAUUGCUAUAUAUAAAUGACACAUUUUAUGAAAUCAAGCCCAAAAAUCUUUCUACUACAUUUGAGCAUUUGGUAUAUAAGAUGCACCCCAGGGAGGUCCAAUCUGAAUCUUUCAAGAAUGUACCAACAGAAGAAGACACAGGCAAUGAAUGGCAGAUGAUGCUUCAGGAGAAUAAUCAUCCUACUUUGAAGCAAAGCACUAUUGGAGGGUGGUUUGUGCACCAAUUUUGGUAUGAAACAGGUUUUGUGGUAGACAGUACACGGUUUGCUUAUCUAAGAAGGAAUGUUACAGCAGCUAAUAUGGAAAUAAUAUCAGUUGUUAAUAUAGUAGAUUCCUAUUAUAAAACACUUGGUGUUGAUAUAGUAGUCGUUGCAAUUGACAUAUGGACUCACAUAGAUCCCAUUAAUAGCACCACAACAAGGGAAUUGAAAAAUGCAUUUUGUACUUGGAAAGUCCAAGAAUACAAUCCACGGGUACAUCAUGAUGCUGCAGUUCUCGUCUUUAAUCGACCUCAUGGUGAUGAAGUUACUGUUGAUGGAAAUUGGUGGGGGUUGUGUAAAGCAUCUCUAUGUUGUACAGUGGUGUAUCAUAGCAACGAUAACCAGCUCCAGUAUGCGACAACCAUGGCUCGUGGACUUGGUAUUCUUACAGGGUUAUAUAAUGACUCGAGGUACUGUACAUGUGAACAAGGUCAGUGCAUCAUGAAUACAUCACUGGCAAUUGCAAAUGCAUUCAGCAACUGCAGUUUUUCCACCUUUAUGUGGGCUACUUGGGUGCAAAGAAAUUGUCCCUAUAACAGACCUUUAAAAGUAUUCCACACAGAGUACUGUGGGAACGGUGUGGUUGACGCUGGAGAGGGUUGUGACUGUGGUACCGUAAAAUCAUGUGCAGCUGAUCCAUGUUGUGCAGCAAACUGUCAUCUGAAAGCUGGCUCUGGUUGUGCUUCAGGGCUUUGCUGCAAAGACUGCCAAGUCCUGGAUCAUGGUACAGUUUGUAGAGAACAGGUCAAUGAAUGUGAUCUGCCAGAGUGGUGUAAUGGAACUUCACCUGUGUGUCCUGCAGACAUGUAUGUGGAGGAUGGGAAACCUUGCCUGGGCAAGGGCUUCUGCUAUGGAGGACAAUGUAAUAAUCAUGAUUAUCAGUGUAAGAAAAUAUUUGGUCCAGAGGCCAGGAAUGCAGAUGUGAAGUGUUACAGACUACUCAACCCUGUGGGUAACCGCUUUGGUCACUGUAGUAGAAAUCGUCAGACAUAUGAAAGAUGUGCAAGUGGUGAUGUUCUUUGUGGCAGAAUUUACUGUGAAAAUGUGAAAGAACUUCCAGUUCUGAAAGAGCAUGAAACUUUUGUUUGGACUCAUUUGAAUCCUCAGCAUUGCUGGAGUAUUGAACACCAUUUUGGCAAGACUGGACCUGACAUCGGUGCAAUCCCAGACGGCUCACCGUGUGGUGUUGGAAAAUUCUGCAAAAACAGGAGGUGUGUUCUUAUACCUCAGUGGAGUAAAAAUGCUUGUUCACCUGAAACCUGCCUGGACAGAGGCAUCUGCAACAAUAGACACCACUGCCAUUGCAGCUCUGAGUGGGCUCCACCCCUCUGUCGGAGAGCAGGAAAUGGAGGCAGUGUUGAUAGUGGUCCACCUCCUAAGAGUAAUAGAACUAGGGAUUCUGGUUCAAAAGGUGGAAGUUUGUUACUUAUUUUAAUUGGCAUUUUGCUUUUCAUCUUGUGUUUACUAAUUAUACUUUUCAUUUUGAACAAAAAAAGAAAGGAAGACCAGCAGACUGAACCACCUCCACCUGUGCCAGGAGAGCCAGGUGCUCCACUUCCACCUGCAGCAGCUGGGCCAGCUGCUCAACCUCCACCUGGGCAAGCAGGGCCAAAGGACAAACGGAAGAAAUAA